AUGGAAAUCCCCGCCUUACCAAACCCACAACCAGUUUGUAUUCGUGAUUUUGUAGCUGAGAAUCAAAUGGUUGUUGUCAACAUCAAAACAGAUGGGAGAAAAGGAGAUGGACAACGGUUAGAUUUAAAAAUUACCGAUUCGGUAGGUAAUGAAUAUAGAAAUAAAAAGGAUAUUUUGGGAGAAGUAAAGGUUGCAUUUACAAGUCAUAAUAAUGCUGCUUUUGAUAUUUGUUUUACAAAUUAUCAAGAAAAGAAAUGGGGUAAGAAUAGUCGAAUUAGUUUUAUUAGAUCGAUUGAAUUGGAUAUUGAAAGUGGUGCAGCUGCAAGAGAUUGGAAUGCUUUACAAGCAACUGAGAAAUUAAAACCUAUUGAAAUUGAAUUACGUAGAAUCGAAGGAUUAACCAGUGAAAUUGUUCAAGAAUUACAAUAUUUGAAACAAAGAGAAGAAAGAAUGAGAGAUACUAAUGAAUCCACCAAUUCUAGAGUCAAAUGGUUUUCAAUUAUUAUUAUUUUCUCUUUGAUUGCCUUGGGUGCUUGGCAAGUCCAAUACUUGAGACAUUACUUUAAAGUUAAACAUAUUAUUUAG